CGCGCACCGGUCUCCCCGGUCGGGUCUACUAACCUAACCCGGUGGCCCGCGGGUCAGUUCACUCCGAUCUGGGAUCGCGGCCGCCAGGUCUUCGAAAGGUCAAAAAUCCGAAACGAUCGUCGUCGUAAACGUCGUCUGUGCCGCCACGUUUCGCGCGUGUGAAUUUUAUUCGUCAUUCGAAAUCUGUUGUAUUUAUUUUAAUUUAAUUAUUUUCGUUUGUCUCUAAUCGAAACGAGACGAGACAAAAAUUAUUAUUAACAAUAUCGGGCAAAAAAAGUGUUUUGGACCGUGUGUCAGCUGUACCUAUUGGAUUAAUAAUAAUAUAAUUUGUGCAAUUUUCGUGCGGGGUUAUUGGUGAAAAAAAAAAGUCGUUCGUUCAGUGGUUGUUUCGCCGACGACAACAGUCCGGCCGAACAGCGGGAUCGCGUGCUGCGGCGCCUGGCGGUUUCCCGCGGUAAGCGACCGGCACCACCUGCACUGCCGCCAAGUCGGGACACUAGCCCGACAGUCUCAGCAGACGCUCAGGUGGACGCCGGCAAGCACCAUUAUUAUUCCGCAUAACGGCCUCGCGGUGUGUCGCGCGGCGGUAGGCGGACUAUGCACAGUGUCCGGUGGCGGUGGCCCCGGCAUGACCGGCGUCGGCGGCCCGACCGGCGGUUCGGCCGCGCCGCCGUCGCACCAGGGUCCGCCACACGGUGGGCCGCCGGACCUGCUGACCAGUGGACACCACCACGAUCUCGGUGGGUUCACCCGGAGCAUGGCGCUGGUGACGCCGGCGUGGCGCGACCCACCCGGUGGAGGCGGUGGCCACCAUCUGGACGAGCCGCAGCAAAGCACCACGCCGGGCACGGCCAGCUCGCAGUCCGGCGGUUCGCUGGUCACGCUCGGCGGACAGUGCGAUAAGAACGGACAGAACAUCGAGUGCGUCGUAUGCGGUGACAAGAGCAGCGGCAAACACUAUGGACAGUUCACUUGUGAAGGCUGUAAAAGUUUUUUCAAAAGGAGCGUCCGACGGAAUCUCACGUACUCGUGCAGGGGCAGCCGGAACUGUCCCAUCGACCAACACCACCGGAACCAAUGUCAGUACUGUCGACUGAAAAAGUGUCUGAAAAUGGGCAUGCGCAGAGAAGCCGUGCAGAGAGGUCGAGUUCCGGCCAGCCAGCCUCCCGGGCUCACCGGACUUCCCGGUCAGUUGUGCCUAGCCAACGGCGAGGCAGCCGCAGCCGCGGCAGCCGCCGCUGGAGCCGUCGGACUCAACGGCCACUCGUACCUGUCCUCCUAUAUAUCGCUGCUGUUGCGCGCCGAACCGUACCCGACGUCUAGGUACGGACAGUGUAUGCAACCCAACAACAUCAUGGGCAUAGACAACAUAUGUGAGCUGGCCGCCAGGCUGCUUUUUAGCGCUGUCGAGUGGGCACGGAACAUACCCUUCUUCCCAGACCUGCAGGUGACUGACCAAGUGGCCUUGCUGAGGCUCGUUUGGAGCGAACUGUUUGUACUGAACGCGUCCCAGUGUUCGAUGCCACUGCACGUUGCCCCGCUGUUGGCCGCAGCUGGGCUGCAUGCGUCUCCGAUGGCCGCGGAUCGUGUGGUCGCUUUCAUGGACCACAUACGCAUAUUCCAGGAGCAGGUGGAGAAACUCAAAGCCCUCCACGUAGACGCCGCAGAGUACAGUUGUCUGAAAGCCAUCGUUCUGUUCACCACCGACGCGUGCGGGUUGUCAGACGUGGCGCACAUCGAGUCGCUGCAGGAAAAGUCUCAGUGCGCCCUGGAGGAGUAUUGCCGGACGCAGUACCCGAACCAGCCGAUCAGGUUCGGCAAGCUGCUGCUCAGGUUGCCGUCACUGCGCACGGUCAGCUCGCAGGUCAUCGAGCAGCUCUUCUUCGUCCGGCUGGUGGGCAAGACGCCCAUCGAGACGCUCAUCCGGGACAUGCUGCUAAGCGGAAGCAGCUUCAGCUGGCCGUACAUAAACUCCAUGUGACACUCCGUCUGGAGGCAGAUGACGGGCACGCCCGCCCCGUUGUGAUGCCGCGCCGCCGCUUAGUCUAUAUACACUCCGCCGGUCGUUGUCGCGUCGCUUGGUAAAAAUGCAUACGAUGGGUGCGAUGCGAUAUCCACCCACAUAAUGUUAUUUUAUGAUAUGAUGUUGUGAUAUUUCAACGUGGCCGCGACACGCCGGGGACGCCGUGCCAUCACCGCCGGGCGUACUGCAGGACGUGCCGUCACCUUUUCCGCGCGCCGAGAGGGAACCACCGCAUCACCAUCGCCGCCAUAUCACCUGCACCGAUCAUAUUAUAUAUUAUAUUAUUGUAAUAAUGCAAGAAACGUGUUCGACGCACGAUGACCUACACACACGGCAUCACUCGAUUAUUAUAAUAUAUUUUAUUAUUAUUAUUUAUAUAUUAUUAUAUUACCUAUGCGUUUUACUAUAUCUUUUUUUUUUUGUUUUUAUUGUUUAUUAUUAUUAUUAUUAUUUUUUUUUUUUUAAUAUCCCAAAAAUUAGGCCCUAAGCGCGUUUUAGUCUUACACGCCACUUAGACGACUGGGAGAGUUGCAAUAUUUAUUACGAUUUAAUACCGUAUAAAACAUUUUUUUAUCGGGUCAAGCAUGAUAAAAAAUUCCAUCGAUGUACAUUAAACAAUUUUAAUUUUAUUAUUACUACCUAUUAUUUUUACUGUAGUCAAACCUGCGACUGUAAAUACCUACAUAUAUA